AUGGCCAUCACCGACUUUCUAGCAGCCUCAGACAUCACUUCAGCUAUCAACGCUGUAAGGGCAAAGGAUUCCUUCAGCCCGAAGAUGUUUUUUAAAACAGUGGGUUUAUCCAAGAAAACUCCAGUAGAGAUCGAGAGGGUCUUUAAAAUUUUGGACCAGGACAAAAGCGGCUUCAUAGAACAGGAUGAAUUACAACUGUUCCUGCAGAACUUCUCUAAAGGAGCGAGGACCCUCACUGCAGCUGAAACCAGAGCUUUCCUUUCAGAGGGAGACUCAGAUGGAGAUGGGAAGAUUGGCUGGGAAGAGUUCUCUGCGCUGGUCAAGUCUUCAUAAAUCAUACUCAAUCCGUAAAACUUGUGGAAUGGUGACGUUCCCAGAGAUGGACAUCUUUUCCUCAUGUCUAAUAGCCUCAGUGUAGAACAUGGCUCAUCCAUGGAUCGUAUGUGUUCAAAGUAUUUAAAUAUGUUGUAGGUAGGUAGGAAUGUGUAAGUGAUUAAAGUUAAACACAAAUUCAAUCUGAAAUGACCCUCUGUGAUGAGUCUUCCCCUGCAAGAAAAGUGUAUAAUAAAUGUACUUUUCUCAAUGAGAUGUGAA